AUGGCCUCGUCAGAGCCGCUUGACCUAGUCGUAACCGUCGUCUCCGCCAAGCACCUGAAGAACGUCAACUGGCGUAACGGAGAGCUGAAACCCUACGUCGUUCUCUACCUCGACUCGGAUCACCACCGCGUCUCCACUCACUCCGACGAUUCCGUCAAACCGGUGUGGAACGAGCGGAUCACUCUCCCUCUCGCCCGAUCCGUCCACGAAUCGGUCCUCAACGUCGAGAUUCUCCAUUCCGACGCGGCGAAAACACUCGUCGGCUCGGUUAGGUUUCCUCUGGUUCGGUUAAUCGACUCGGAGGGAGGAGGAGGAGGAGCGAUGGUUCCCGAAUCGAUCAGCUCGCUGGAGCUCCUCCGUCCCUCGGGUCGGAUUCAAGGGAAGAUCCGCUUGAAGCUCUCCAUCAAGGAGCGACCGUUACCUCCUCCAACGCAGCGUCCUCAAUCGCAGCCUAGAGAUUACUAUUCUACCCCUCAAGGAAACUAUUAUUACUCCCCAAGCCCUCCUCCUCCUCCUCCGGCUCCGAUCACCUCCCCGUCUCCUCAUCGUGACUACAGAGAAUUCUCACCUUCUCCUUACCCCUUCACCGAUCACUACUACUCCGGAUUCUAUUACCCGCCUCCUCCGCCGCGUUCGAUGUACGAUCGCGCCUCCAAUUACGGCCAGCCAUCUGCUCCAGUCGAUCGCGAGCCUCUUCCUUUAGCUCCUCCUCGGUUUCCACCACAGCCGAGUGGACCACCAUCAGCUCCCGUCGAAGCCUUUCAGGCGAACGAGUAUAAGCCGCCGCAGCCGCAAGCUCCUCCUGUGGGCUCAAGGUUGUCAAGUUACGGAGUGCCGAGCGGCCCGUCGGCUCCGGUGGAUUACUCUCCUUAUGAUCACAGGCAGUUGCAGAAGGCGAUGGGCGGGUUGAGCUUGGAGGAAGAGAGAGCUGUUGCUGAGAGGUCUGAGAGUGACUUUGGAGCUAGGCCGAGCUUCAGCUAUGGCCGUGAGUAUCGCCGUGAAUGUUAGAAAAAGCUGUGGAAUUUCUCAAUGUGUGUGAUGAAAAAAAGUUGUGGGGUUUCGCAAGUGUGUGUGUGUGUGUGUGUGUGACGUUUCUAAGGCUCUGCUAUCAUCAGAUUUUACCUUCGUGUUGGUGUUGAAAAGAAUUAUGAAUUUGGUGAAUUUCCUCUCUGAAGAUAUGAUAUGUGUAUUUAUUGCUUCUUUUAUGUAUGUGUCUGAAGAACAAGAGGUGCAAAAGGUGUCACCUCUUCUGUUCCUUUGUACAUGUUUCUAAAACAACUCUCUAGUUUCGUCUCUUC